AUGUCCUCAUACACCCCCUCAACAUCUCCACCAUUCACAUAUCCCAUUCCGUCCAUAUCACCCGGCCAGGAACAAUCCAACGCCAACAAAACAAUCCUCCUAACCGGUAUAAACGGCUACAUAGCAAGCCACAUCGCUCUCCUCCUCCUCUCUCGCGGAUACACCGUCCUCGGAACAUCACGCUCCGCCUCAACACCCUCGAAACUCCUCUCAAAUCCAGCUUUUGCACCAUUCGCAAAUACCGGUCGUUUAAAGCAUGUCGUGGUCAGCGAUAUUACUGUCAAAGGAGCAUUCGAUGAAGCGAUGCAGGGCGUACACGGCGUGAUUCACACCGCUAGUCCAGUCGAUUGGACAUUGACGUCUGUAGAUGCGUUCUUCACUCCAGCUGUUGGGGGAGUCAAGUCCAUUCUCACGUCUGCAUAUAAGCAUAAUCGCGAGAAGAACGGCAAGGUAUCGAGUUUCGUGCAGUUGAGCAGUAUUUUGGCCAUCGUGGAUAAGUGGAAAUACCUGUCGAUAGCGGAUGGUGGGCUGGAGAACAGAGAUUUCACUGAGAAGGACUGGAAUGAGACUGGGGAAAGUGUGGCCAGGGCAAGUGAGAAGGCUCAGCAUGAAGGGACGGGGAAGUUCCUGCCCAUGGUCGCGUAUGGAGCUAGUAAAGCCGUGGCAGAGAAGUGGAUGUGGGAUUUUAUCGAGCAGUGCGCGAAAGAGGAUGGUGGGAAGUGGCUUGGCCCAGCGUGCACGUCGAUUAAUCCGGGUGUGGUUAUGGGACCGCCUGUAAAUUGGCCUGAGAGGCCGGAAAAGCUGAACGAGACGUUGUUGCCUGUGUGGAAUAUCUAUAGUGGGAAGUGCAAAGAGGACGGGAAACUGCCGAUGCAGAUUGGUGGAGCGACGUAUUGCGAUGUGCGUGACGUGGCUGCUUUGCAUGUCUGGGCACUUGAGAAUCCUGACAAGGCUGGAGGGGAGAGGUAUUUGGCGACGAAUGGUAAAGCUCCACCACAGGCUUUUGCGGAUUGUAUGAGGGAGACAAUAUUCAAGGACGAGGAGAAGAUCCGCGGAAGGAUCAUAGUAGGUGAACCUGGGAAAGGGUAUGUGAUGAAGGAGAAGGAUGGAGCUGAGUUUGACUAUGGAUGGCCUGCGAGUGAACCGACUGUGAAGGCUACGAAAGCGUACCAAGCACUUGGAGUGGAAAGAUUCAAGGGUCUAGAGGAAAUACUGAGAGACACUACUGGGGCAUUUCGUGAAAGAUGGCCAGAUACAGCUUGA